GUAGUGGAGGUGGAAGUGGAGGAGGAGGUGGAGGAGGGAGUAAAGCGACCAGUUCCUCCUCCAUAGCACCGCUGGCGCCUCACCGGCAACACUGCACCCAGGUCCGGACGCGGCGGCUGAUGAAGGAGCUGCAGGAGAUCAGGAGGUUAGGGGACAACUUCAUCACGGUGGAGCUCGUGGAGGACAACCUGUACGACUGGAACGUCAAGCUGCACCAAGUGGACAAGGACUCGGCGCUGUGGCAGGACAUGAAGGAGACGUGCACCGAGUUCAUCCUGCUCAACGUCACCUUCCCCGACAAUUUCCCCUUCUCGCCGCCCUUCAUGCGCGUCCUGACGCCCCGCCUGGAGAACGGCUACGUGCUGGACGGCGGGGCCAUAUGCAUGGAGCUGUUGACCCCGCGCGGAUGGUCCAGCGCCUACACGGUGGAGGCGGUCAUGAGGCAGUUUGCAGCCAGCCUCGUAAAAGGACAGGGGCGUAUAUGUAGGAAAGCGGGGAAGUCCAAGAAAGCGUUCAGCCGCAAGGAGGCCGAGGCCACCUUCAAGUCCCUGGUGAAGACCCACGAGAAGUACGGCUGGGUGUCUCCGCCCGUGUCCGACGGUUGAGUGCUCGGCCCGAACGACCACCCUCACCCCCCACAAACCC